AAGGCGGGUUCCGCUACAACACGAGGACACCAGCGUCAUCUAGCUGAUGACCCGGCGAUGCAUGCCGGUAGUAUAUAAGACAACGCGUCAGUUCCACUCCGACACGUCUGAAUUUUUUGCAACUGGAUACGCCGCGCUCGUGUUGAUAUUGUCUACUAGUUAAACGUAAGCCCAGCUCUACGAUGAAGACGGGUUUCGUGCUGUGCCUUUGCAUCGGCUUCGUGUGCCUUGUAGCCGCCGAUGAGGCUGAAGAUGUGGCAAAGCUCAUAGAGGAGACUAUUCGAGAAAACGCUGGCAGUGACGCCCUGGCUGAGAAAAUCUUGGCAAGAGUCAAGAUUCUUCAAGAUUGCGCCGCCGAGCAUAAGGAGGAGGGCAUCGAACUGCUAAAAAAGUACACUGUGCCGAUAACGAAGGAAGGAACGCAGUGCGCCGCAACGAAAUCUGGAAUUGCAGACGCUGCCGAAAGAGACAUCGCUGAGCACCAGUGCUUCAGGGAGGCUUCGAAACGCUUCAAGGAAUCAACACCCCCGACUGAAAAAGAAAACGCCACCUACGAAGCCAUGAAGGCUUGCUUUCUUCCAAAGCUGGCAGCAUUGGAAGCAUCUUCGGCCGCCUGAUGAACAGCAGCAGCCCACGAGCCUUCGCCUCGUCAGUUGCUUGAGCUGUUCUACAGAAUUAAAGAAUAAAAAUG